GGGGGGGCGGAGAGGAAAGGGGAGAAUAGAGAGGACAGGAAGGGCUUCAGAGCCGCCGAAGCAGGGCAAAGCCUUGCAGCGAGACCCUGGGAAGGUUUACUCUCAACAACCCAGUAAAUAAGAGUGUCUUUCCAGUCAGAGGCAACUGAAGAGAAAGGGGAAGGAGAUGGAAGAGAAGGACCCAGAAGGCCCUAGACCUGCCAAGACAUCAAGGAAGGGUCCCCAUCCGAUCCAAGCAGAGAGUGGUGCUGGAUUUUGGGAAAGAGCUGUGCCAGAGAUCUUGGCUGAGGGCACUGUGAGUGCAGACGUACACAGGCGAUGCUUCCGGCAGUUCUGUUACCAGGAGGCUGACGGGCCCCGAGAGACUUGCAGCUGGCUCCAUGGACUUUGUAACCAGUGGCUGGAGCCAGAGAAGCACACCAAGAAGCAGAUCUUGGACCUGGUGAUCCUGGAGCAGUUCCUGGCCAUUCUGCCCCAGGAAGUGCAGGACUGGGUCAGAGAAUGUGGGCCAGAGACCAGUUCCCAGGCAGUGGCCCUGGUUGAAGGUUUCCUCCUGAGUCAGGCGGAGGAGAAGAGACAGGCACAGCAGGUGCGGGGAGGAUCCGUGAAGGAGGAAGCAAAGUUCUCUGAGGCAGAAGGAACUCUGUCAGAGGAAGGCCAGGGGGUGCAGGCCCAGGAACACGUCCAAGAUGCCCUGUCAAGUGGAAGUGAAGAGAUGUUAUUGAGCCAUUUUCAUUGCAGAGAAGUGGAAACAGCUGUUCAGCCUCUCAUCCAGUCUAUAUUUUCCUUUGAAGAGGUGGCCGUGUAUUUCACUGAGGCGGAGUGGGCUUUGCUGGAUCUGGGCCAAAAAGCUCUCUACAGGGAAGUGAUGCUGGAGAACUAUGGGAGUGUGGCCUUUUUGGUGGAUGCUGAGACAAAUGAGGAGGAUGAGAAACUGCAACAUUUAUUGCCAGAUGAAGUCAAGAAUGAAGAUGUGAGAAGAAAUGUUAUGAUUCAAGGCAGGCCUCAGAGGCAGAAAGUCAGCUGCAGCGUGAAGAAGUGGGAUAACUCCAUUCCUUGCGAGGGUGGGAAUUUUCAAGAAGCGAUUCACAUGUUGGAGGAAACAUACAAGUGCUUGGAGUGUGGAAUGAACUUCUCAGAUCAAAACCAAUAUAAUCUCCAUUUCAGAAUGCACAGUGGAAAGAAAACCCAUCAAUUCCUGGAGUGUGGAAAGGCCAUGAUUCACAGAGCAGAGUUCCUUGAACAUCUAAAAACACAUACAGGAGAGAAACCUUAUAGCUUCUCAGACUGUGGCAAGAGCUUCUCAGAGAAAUCGGACCUCGUUCAAUACCAAAGGAUUCAUUCAGAAGAGAAGCCCUUUAUCUGUUCAGAGAGUGAAAUGAUGUUCUUGGAUGGAAGAAAGGGUAAUGUGCAUUUUUCAAAGCAUGGUAUACUGAAAGCCUAUAAGUGCUUUCGGUGUGGAAAGUACUUCAGAUUCAGAUCACAACUCCUUGUGCACCAAAAGAUCCACACAGGGCAGAAGCCCUUUGAAUGCUCAGAGGGUGGGAAGAGAUUCAGUCAGAGUGGCAGUCUUCAAAGGCAUUUAAGAAUCCAUGCAGGGGAGAAGUCUUUUCAAUGCUCAGAGUGUGGGAAGAGAUGCAGUCGGAGUGGUGAUCUUCAAAAACAUUUAAGAACCCACACAGGGGAGAAGCCUUUUGAAUGCUCAGAGUGUGGGAAGAGAUUCAGUCACAGUAGCAGUCUUCAGGAUCAUCUAAGAACGCACACAGGGGAGAAGUCUUUUCAGUGCUCAGAGUGUGGGAAGAGAUGCAGUCGGAGUAGUGAUCUUCAAAGUCAUUUAAGAACCCACACUGGGGAGAAACCUUUUGAAUGCUCAGAGUGUGGGAAGAGAUUCAGUUACAGUAGCAAUCUUCAACAACAUCAAAGAAUACACACAGGAGAGAGGCCCUUUGAAUGCUCCGAGUGUGGAAAGAGAUUCAGUCGCAGUAACAGUCUUCAAAGUCAUCUAAGAACACACACAGGGGAGAAACCUUUUGAAUGCUCAGAAUGUGGAAAGAAAUUCAGUCGGAGUUUCCAUCUGAAACAGCAUCGAAGAACCCACACAGGGGAGAGGCCAUUUGAAUGCUCAGAGUGUGGAAAGAGAUUCAGUCGCAGUGGUGAUCUUCAAAGUCAUCUAAGAACCCACUCAGGGGAGAAGCCUUUUGAAUGCUCAGAGUGUGGCAAGAGAUUCAAAAACAGUGGCACUCUUCAAAUUCAUCUAAGAAUCCACACAGGGGAGAAGCCUUUUGAAUGCUCAGAAUGUGGGAAGAGCUUCAGUCACAGUAGCACUCUUCAAAAACAUCUAAGAACGCACACAGGGGAGAAGCCUUUUGAAUGCUCAGAGUGUGGGAAGAGAUUCAGUCAGAGUGGCACUCUUCAGUAUCAUCUAAGAACCCACACAGCGGUGAAACCUUUUCAAUUCUCAGAGUGUGGGAAGAGAUUCAGUCAGAGUGGCACUCUUCAAAGACAUUUAGGAACUCACGCAGGGGAGAAACCGUUUGAAUGCUCAGAGGGUGGGAAGAGAUUCAGUCAGAGUAGCACUCUUCAAGAACAUCUAAGAACCCACGCAGGGGAGAAGUCUUUUCAAUGCUCAGAUAGUGGGAAGAGAUCCGUUCGGAUUGGUGAUCUUCAAAAUCAUUUAAGAAUCCACACAGGGGAGAAGCCUUUUGAAUGCCCAGAGUGUGGGAAGAGAUGCAGUCAGAGUAGUGCUCUUGAUAGUCAUUUAAGAACCCACACAGGAGAGAAGCCUUUUGAAUGCCCAGAGUGUGGGAAGAGAUGCAGUCAGAACAGUGCUCUUGAAAGUCAUUUAAGAACCCACACAGGGGAGAAGCCUUUUGAAUGCUCAGAGUGUGAGAAGAGAUUCAGUCACAGUAGUACUCUUCAGCAGCAUCAAAGAACCCAUACGGGGGAGAAGCCUUUUCUAUGCUCUGAGUGUGGGAAGAGAUUCAAUCACCGAGGCCAUCUUCAAAUUCAUCUAAGGACCCACACAGGGCAGAAGCCUUUUGAAUGCUCACAGUGUGGGAAGAGAUUCAGUCAGAAUGGCACGCUUCAUAAUCAUCUAAGAACCCACACAGGGCAGAAGCCUUUUGAAUGUUUAGAGUGUGGGAAGAGAUUCAAUCACAGUAGCAAUCUUCAACAGCAUCAAAGAACCCACACAGGGGAGAGGCCCUUUGAAUGCUCUGAGUGUGGGAAGAGAUUCAGUCGUGGUAGCAGUCUUCAGAGUCAUCUAAGGACACACACGGGGGAGAAACCUUUUGAAUGCUCCGAGUGUGGGAAAAAAUUCAGCCAGAGUUUCCAUCUUAAACAGCAUCAAAGAACCCACACAGGGGAGAAGCCUUUUGAAUGCUCAGAGUGUGGAAAGAGAUUCAGUCGCAGUGGUGAUCUUCAAAGUCAUCAAAGAACUCACACAGGGGAGAAGCCUUUUGAAUGCUUAGAGUGUGGGAAGAGAUUCAAAAACAGUGGCACUCUUCAAAUUCAUCUAAGAACACACACAGGGGAGAAGCCUUUUGAAUGCUCAGAGUGUAGGAAAAGAUUCACUCACAGUAGCACUCUUCAAAAACAUCUAAGAACCCACUCAGUUCAGAAGCCUUUUGAAUGCUCAGAGUGGGGGACCUGGCUUCAAUCGCUGGCCAACCAGAAGCCAUUAUCUGCUGCUCCCUGACAUCUCGCUCCUAAAUUAAUUAUAAUUCACUAUUCUAAAACAAACUAGACUUGAAAUAUGCUGCCUAAGGCCUUUAAGGGUAAUCAAAAACAAAAGAAAGUCCUGGCAGCUUCCACGUUAAACAGAGUUUUUUGCCUCGGUUGAAGCAGCUAACACCACCUCAGCUCUUUUGGGCCAAGGAGACACAAACACUGCUGACUCUUGCCUAACGACAUCAUAUCUACUAGAAGCGUUAAUUAGUUUUAAAAUACGUUUAGCUUAAAGAGUUGGGAGGUGUAAGCUGCAGACAGGUAUGUGCUCCCAUACUAUAGGUCCAUGGGCAGGGCAGAAGUUUCUUCCCCAGCCCACUGUUCUGGCCUCCCCUAGAUCUACUCAGUUUUCUAAGUUUCUAAUGUAUGUUUUAUCUGUUAAUGAACUAUAUUAUCAGAUCAAAACAAGAAGAUAGAAGACUUCAAGAAUUUAAGAAUGUGGGAAACUAUUGUUCGUUUUAAAGCAUAAUUAAUGAUUGUUUUAAGGUUAAAAAUAUAACAUAGUUUAAAUGUAAGACCAUAUUACGUUGAUUUUGAAAAAUAGAAUAGUUAACAUUUAAUACUCAUCAAAAGUAAAGAGAGAUAAUGUACACUGUUAUGGUUAUAUACAAUAAUUUAAUUAGUUGUAUGCAGUUCUUCAAUAAAAACUCAGAUUGAAUGCUCAGAGUGUGGGAAGAGAUUCAGGAACAGUGGCAAUCUUCAGAUUCAUCUUAGAACCCACAGAAGAGAAGCCUUUUGAAUGCUCAGUGUGGAAAAAGAUUCCGUCAGUGACCAUCUUCAACAGCAUCAAGGAAUCCACUGAGGGCAGAAACCUUUUGAAUAGACAUUUAGUCAGCGUGGCUAUCUUCAACAGCAUCCAAGAACCCACACAAGGAUAAGUCCAGAGAGGGAUUUUGAACUCAGUUGUUAUGAGGAUAUGACAUAAAUGUCACUUUGAAUGGCUGGGUCACAGGUGCCAUACAAUGUAAUGGCAGGUACCAGAGAUAUAAACUUUAGAAAGGACAUAGGCAAACCCAUAUAUUAUUUUUGCUCAAUAUUCAAAAAUGUGUACAUAAUUAACAGCCUUACAGUGCUUCCUUUAUUUUGCAGUUUUUGAUAACUGCAUCAAAAUCUGGAGUCAGUAUCUGUGCUGGAACCAUCUUGAAUGUGCUGGUUAGGUGCAUUGAUUUAUGGAGAUUUGUUUCAGAAUAAAGCAGUUCACAGACA